CGCAGCUGGCAGCAAGGACGGCCCGCCGGCGGCUCGGGGCCGCGCGCCGGGAACCUCGCGGGGCGGGCGGGCGAGGCACCCCCUGCCCGGCCGCCUGCGCCCCGGGGAGGCCGCGCGCGCGCGACGGGACCAGCAGCAUGAGCAGCGGCUACAGCAGCCUGGAGGAGGACGCCGAGGACUUCUUCUUCACCGCCAGGACCUCCUUCUUCCGGAGAGCGCCCCAGGGCAAGCCCCGCGCAGGCCAGCAAGAUGUGGAGAAGGAGAAGGAAACUCACAGUUACCUCAGCAAAGAGGAAAUCAAAGAGAAAGUUCAUAAAUACAAUUUGGCAGUCACAGACAAGUUGAAAAUGACCUUGAAUUCAAAUGGGAUUUACACUGGCUUCAUUAAAGUCCAGAUGGAACUCUGCAGACCCACGCAGACAGCCGGGCCGAUGGCGCCCGGUGGCAACAGCUGCAUGAACACACUUCACAUCAGCAGCACCAACACUGUUGGGGAAGUGAUCGAGGCCUUGCUCAAGAAGUUUCUUGUGACCGAGAGCCCUGCCAAGUUUGCACUUUAUAAGCGUUGCCACAGGGAAGACCAAGUCUACGCCUGCAAGCUGUCCGAACGUGAACACCCCUUGUACCUGCGUUUGGUAGCGGGGCCCAGAACGGACACACUUAGCUUUGUUCUUCGGGAACAUGAAAUUGGAGAGUGGGAAGCCUUCAGCCUCCCGGAGCUGCAGAAUUUCUUGCGCAUGCUUGACAAGGAAGAGGACGAGCAGCUGCAGAGCCUGAGGCGGCGCUACUCUGCCUACAGACACCGGCUGGAAGAGGCCCUGGGCGAGAGCUGCAAGCCGGGCUAAAGCUACCGGCCGCCUGCCAGGAGGGCGCGGUGGGACCCACGCACUCAAGUGCCUCGCUUCGCAGAGGGCUGCCUGCUUGCCCUGUGAUGCUCGGGUCGUCCCCCUUUUCUCUGCAGAUCUAGUUCCCACAACCUGGUCACGCGGCCUCCUGCACCUUCAGCCACUACGUCUAGUGGGGCUCUGCUGGCUUGUUUGGUGACAGCGAGCUGGGGGUCUCCCCGCAAGCAGCCUUAGCAGAAACAUCUGGAGUGCUUGGAAGCAUGAACUCUGGGUUUUUGUGUUUAUUUUCUGGUAGGUUAUUUUAAUUCUGUGAUGAUGAUGUUAAGCUUGAGGAUGCGCAGAUGACUCUCUUUAAGAAGCUUAACGAGGAAUCUCUCGGAAUACCUGUUCUCUGUUGAAACUACCUGUCUGUGUCUAGUCUUGUAAGUGUUCAGAGGAGAUGCAUCCCUGGGACUCGAAAGGCACAGGAGUCCGGGCCCACCGAGGCCUCCUGUGAAGGAUUUGGCCAGAGAGAGUCAAGAGCAAGUUUGGAAGAAGGUAUGUGUAGAGGAUGAGCCCUGGAGGGCCCAGCAGCAGCUGGGGGGCAGGCUGGGUGGGGCUGGGAAGAAAGGUGUAUUGGCUUGAAGGCAUUCAGGGGUGACAUGGUCAGCCCAUUUUAGGACUGCUCAAUUGCCUCCGUGGGCAGAGUGUGGGAACGGAGCCAAAGACGUGGGAACGAGCCACAAGACAGACCGGGGAGCUGUGUAGCUAACCGGGGCCAGGCCUUGCCCGGCCGGGUCACUGCUCUUCAGAGGCUCCUGGUUCCCUCCAAAGGUGGUCUGCAUAGUUUGGGGGAGGCACAGCUGCUUUUCUCUGGGUCGUCAGCUAGGAGCAGGAGCCCUCGCGAUCUUGCAUGACAAUCGCUCCCUUUCCUCUUCCGUAUCCCACUCGUCCCUCUUCCCUUCCUUUCCUUUUCUCGUGCCUCACCUUCUGCCCUCCUCCUUCCUGCCCCACUCUCCUCCCAUCUUCUCCUGGUUGGUUGACAACCCAGUGCCUCCCCAGCUGGUCUGUUCUAUGCCACUUGGUCCUGGGAGCAGCAAAAUCCCCCCGCCCCGUGGGUGGCCGUUCUGGCAGUAGUUUAGCAGAAGCACAUGUUCUCUGCAACCAAAGAGGUGCUUGUGCAAUGGAACCUUCCCUAAAACGGGCGACACAACCUGUUUGUACACAGCAAAAGGGAGAAGGAUGUGUGGUUUCAGAGGGGCCUUAUCGGUGUAUUUCUAGUCUAGAGUUUGUUUUAUAAAUUCCCAAGGAAUUGUUAACACUUUGGUGACACCUAAUGGAUUCCUAUUGAAAUUCCAAGGUGCUUCAGUUCUUUGCCUCUUCCAUGAACCGUGCCUUGUAUUUCUGUCUCCUGGCUUUUCUGAGAAUCCCUGUGUUGCUGGAGGCAGCUUCCGUGUUGGUUCUGCUGUGGCACCUGAGUUCUUGAGACAAUCAUUAUUCGCCUAAGCUUUUCAGGAACUAGCAAUUAAAUAUGUAUGGCACAUCUUGUUUAAUUUUGCAUGUAAGUUUCUUAGUACAUUGAUGGGGUUUUAGUGAUGUUGUCAUCCAAUACUUUACCUUUGUUGUUCAGGGACUGCCUUUGUGAUUUUUUUUUUUUAACUGGUUUUACUGUUCAGCCUGUGGCUGGGGCUUGAGUAUACUGUUAUCAGCCACCUGGUGUUCUAAUUACUCAGCCAAGGAAACUUAUAUUUUGUGAAGCAUUUGUUUCUCAGAUUUAAGACACUGUUAGAACCUAAGAUAGUAGCUGAUGGGCAUCUGUGAAUUUUUUUUUUUUUACUUGAACUAUAGAUUUGUCUAAAAUAGGCAUCCUCAAUCUAUUUCUGGAACCUCGCUCACCGUCAUGUGCACUACAAGUUGCAAUUUGGAAGAUGUAGUUUUGGAAUUCUGCCAGUUCUUGGUUCUUGAAGACUCCCGUUUUCUCCCAAACACUGGUAACUGCUGCAGCUAACAUGUUUAUUGCGUCCAAGGAAAAGGCCCCUCAGGCCACUGACUCUCAUUCCAAAUCCUCGUGCGCAUCAUCAUGAGCAUUCAGUGUGUGAUGGUACAGGAAGGAGGUGACAUGCAGGGGUGGUAUUGCAGGACAGCCUUGAAAUUACAGAAGUUAAAAAAAGUAUAAUAUUUAUAAUUUUGAUGAGUUUUAUUUUUAUAGGGAAGAUGUUUCUCCCCUAGAAUUGUUUCUGGAAUGGCAGACUUAUUUCCAUUAUUAAAAAUUGAAGUUUUUAGU